AUGGGGAAGGUUUAUUUCAUUUCAGGGGCUACUAGAGGUAUAGGUCUCCAAUUAGCUACCCAAUUAUCUCAAGCAGACUCAUCAAACACAGUCAUUGCAACAGCACGUAAUCCAAUCACUUCAACUGGACUAAAAGAGUUGGCUUCCAAGCAGAAAAACGUUCAUAUAAUCAAGCUCGAUGUUUCUUCUGAAGAGUCAAUCAAUGGUAUUGAUGAACAAAUUGUUCCUUUAGCUUCAGAAACCGGUAUUGAUGUUUAUAUCUCCAAUGGUGCAAUUGGUGAUUUAACCCCAAUCCAAGAUCUAAACAGACAAAGUUAUAUUGAUCACUUCUUAACGAAUGUAUUAGGCCCAUUUAUUGGUGGUCAAGUUUCUGACUUUUCACCAUUAUUAACAGGUGCUUGUGGUAUUACAAAAGUUGGUUUGAAUCAUGCUGCUUUACAAUUAUCUAUUCAGUACCAAGAUGAAGACUUCACUGUUAUCCCAUUACACCCAGGUUUUGUUAAUACUGAAUUAGCAAAUGAUGUAUUUAACACAUUACCAGAAAAUCAAUAUGAAGUUGCUGAAUCUUUCCGUGCUCAAUUUAUUACACCUGCAGAAAGUGCUUCUGGUAUUAUUAAUAAUAUAAUCAACCAAGUUACAAUUGAAGAUAGCGGUAAAUUCUAUAGAUAUGAUGGAAAGAUUCUUCCAUAUUAA